AUGAGUGAAGUGCUUGCCUCUCUUGCUGAGAUCGAUGACCCAGUUCUUGGAGAGAGCAUUGUAUCUCUCUCUGCUGUGAAGAAUCUUGAAGUCGAACCUUCGGGUGACGUCAGCUUUACCGUUCAACUUUCUGCCCCUGACCUGCAAGGGGUGGUGAAGCAGGCGUGUCAGAGUGCACUCUCACAGCUUCCCUGGGUAAAAGACAUCGAGAUCACAGUAACGUCUCUUCCGCCCAAUGACUCGCUGCGAGAGGCUUCGAGAAAUCAAGCGACUGGGUUGAAGGGAGUCAAACACGUAAUUCUUUGUGCCAGUUGUAAAGGAGGUGUAGGAAAGUCAACAACCGCCGUAAAUCUUGCAUACUCGAUGCACAAGCGAGGAUUCAAGACUGGGAUACUCGAUGUUGACAUUUAUGGUCCAAGUUUGCCGACUAUGGUGAAGCCCGAGAGACCUUUCGACCCGAGAAGAGACAUAGUGGGCAACGAGAUCAUGCCGGUUAAUGGCUUCGGAGUGAAGCUCAUGAGCAUGGGCUUCAUAAAUCCGGUGGACUCAUUUGUCAUGCGAGGCUCGCGUGUCACUCCGCUGGUGCAGCAGCUAGUGAGCACAACAGCAUGGGGCGAACUUGACUACCUCAUCAUCGACAUGCCGCCUGGAACAGGAGACAUCCAGUUAACGCUCUCUCAGAUGGAGACUCUCCGGAUAGAUGCAGCUGUCAUCGUGACCACGCCACAGAGACUGAGCUUUGUUGAUGUUGUGAAGGGCAUCGAGAUGUUUGACAAGGUUGGAAUCCCCUCGGUUGCGGUUGUCGAGAACAUGGCAUUUUUCCAGAACGAUGGCAUGCAGGAUAACAUUCAGGCUUUUGCCAACAAAUAUUCCCUGCCACAAGAAGCAGUCUCUGAGCUUGAAGAGAUUUUGAAAGCUAAACAGUUUCUGUUCGGUCAAGGUCAUAAGCAGAGGUUGCUUGACAUGUGGGGAAUUCAGAACAGUAUUUCCAUCCCGCUCUUUCCUGACUUGGCGAAGCAAUCUGAUUCUGGAAUGCCGUAUGUUCUUGCAUUUCCUGACACAGACGUGUCACGCGCAUAUUCCGCCCUAGCAGAGUCGGUCAUAUCUGAGGUGAGCGUGGCAAAGAUGGAGAGUGGCAAGAACGUCAUGCCAGAGAUCGAAUACGAUGCUCCUAACAAGCAGUUUGUCAUCGAUGGAAAUCAGCGCAUCAGUGCCAAGGAGAUGCGACGGUUGUGUCGAUCUCCUGCCAACGAUCCGAACAAUGUGAAGGAGAGCGUGGAACCUGUGGACUUCGUUCCUCUUGGAAGAUAUGCAAUCUCAAUUCAAUGGAAUGAUGGGCACCAAAGUUUGAUGCCUUAUCGAUCUUUUGUGAACUCUUACAAGUAG